AUGUCUGAUCUCGUAGUUCACACAGUCGUAGCUCGAUACCAGACCACGGCCGAAUGCAUGCAUCCUUCCCCACCACCUGAUGUUUCGGAUUCUUACUGCAAGAUUGAGGAAGGAUUCCCGAAGAGUCGAGGUGAAGAUUGGUGUUCGUCAUCCAACAAACGUAUUAUGUUGCCUUGGUUAUAUGAGAAUGCGGCAGGAAAUGGUCCUGAAAUGAAGCAGCAACAAGGAGGACCUGAUCAAUACCAACGACCAAGAGAGCGCUACUACAAUGAUUACUACGAGAAAUACGAAGAAACGUCGGAUUCAAGAUAUUACCAAAACGAUCACGGAAGUAGGAGAGGCGAAGCUCCAAAUCCGCGCGACCGUAGAAGGCAAGAUUCGCCUGGCCGUCCUCGAAACAGAAGUCGAUCACGAAGCCGCGAAAGACGCUAUACAAGAGGUCGCAGCCGAUCUCGUACCCGUUCGCCAAUCCGCAGGCGUCGUUCUCGCUCCAGAAGCAGAGAAAGAGAUUCGUAUUCGGUGGUACCUGUGAAUAAAUUGGCCCUGCUAAACAUGCCCAGCAAUGUCGAUAGGAACGCCAUUGCACUGGUUCUUGCCGCUUCCGGUUACCUUCCGCAGGAUAUUCGCGUCAUUAAUCGACGAGGUGGCUCGCGUUCGUUCGGUUUUAUCGACUUUGCCGAUGUGAAGACGGCCACCAAGUGGAUGGACGAGAACCAGGGUUGGCUGACCCUCUCGGAUGGCCGUCGGGUACAAGUCGAAUACGCGAAGAGCGAUCCGGCAAGUGGUGGUCGACGUACUGAUCAUGACUGGACAUGUGCUAAUUGUUCUGUGCAGAACUUCUUCAAGCGUGAUGCUUGUUUCAAAUGUGAUACCGAUAAAAGGGCAUCAAUGGACCUUGAACGACAGGGUUUGCAUAUGGUUGGAGUGGUACCUUGUGACACAUUAUUGGUUCGAGCUCUACCGGAAGGGUGCACCACGGCAACGUUGUUUGAGGGGCUUAGUCAGUAUACUGCUUUGACAUCGAUUGUGCAGCUGCAGAUAUCGGAUUCAAAGCAGUAUGCCUACAUUCAAAUGAAGAGUAGCGAUGAAGCUACACUUCUGUUGAAUUCAUCCUACAAGGCACCGAUAAAGAUUGGAGGGAAAGAUGUGGUGACUACGUUCUGCCGCCAUUCCAUGACGCAUCUUAUAAGGCAGCAGAUUUCUAUGCUCCAGCAUCGUAAUCCGGUGCCAAUUCAACAAAAUGCACCUGGUCUGAAUCCGAACGCUCAUGGUGCUGAAGUGGCACAAGCAGCUAUGGCAGCGCUACGGCAAUCGCAAGGACAUGUAGUGCCUCCGAAUGUCGCGGUACCUCCACAACACAUGAUUUUAAUGCAACAGCAGCAGCAACAACAACAACAACAAGGGCAACAACCAAUUAUAGCAGCGGCGCAACAACAGCCAGUUGGUUACACUAUGCAACCAAUCAAUCAACAAGCAGCACCUGGUACUCAACAGCCAGCGUAUGCCGUAGUGAAUCCAACACCUGUGAACGGGAUUAUAGGCUUGUCACCGACACCCAGAGGAGUGUUUUCAAAAUAUGUUACACCAAAUCUAGCAACUUUCACUUACGAUCAAAGUACCGGCUACUACCUUGAUCCAGAAACGAAGUUCUUUUACGACCAAAAAACUGGAUACUACUUCAAUAAUGACACAAGGAAGUGGUGCACAUGGGAUGCGACCUACAGUACGUAUUUCCCUGUCGAGGAUACGAGUCAGAAUCAAGCAACUACCUCAGCGAACAAUACAAAUACAACUGAAACACAAGCAACUACUACAGAAGCGAAGUCUGAAGAAAAAACUGAGGAGCCGAAGAAAAGCGCCAACGACAUUGCAAAGGAAAUGCUAAAAUGGGCAAAGAAGCAAGAGAAAGCCAGCAAGGUGCAGAUGUCUUUGAAACCACUGGUGAAACCUCUGGAAACUAAAAGCGCCUUCGAUUCUGUCGCUAGUGGAAGUGGUGCUAACGUUGCACAUAAGAUGCUGGAAAAGAGCCAGCAUAGCUUGUCUAAUGUCAGUGAUUCUGACGAAGAAGAAGAAGGAUCUGGGGAUGAGAAGAAAAGGAAUUCUGAAGGACCAGUUCCAGAACCACCAGUGCCGCCUCGACGUCACGUCCCCACUGCUCAGGAACACCGAGAAAUGAUGGAAAGGACGUUAGUAGAUGAGGCUAAGAAAAUGUGCUUGUUGUGUAAGAGAGCAUUCCCAAGCGUAGAUGUGUUGCGGAAACAUGUUGAGAAAAGCGAUCUGCAUAGAAAAAAUUUGGAAGAGAAGAGAGUAGAAUGGGGGAGGCAAUACGUAACAACAAUGAUGGAAGGCCAAAACGAAGAAGCGUCGACUCAAUUGCCGCCACAACCGGAGCAGAAAAUUGUCUAUAGAGAUAGAGCCAAGGAGAGAAGAGAAGCAUUUGGUUUGGAUCCGGGAGUGUCUGAUUUCUCCCGUGGAAAAGAAUUCGGCGGUUGGAAUGAAGAUGUGCUUAGAAAGGAAUCGGAAGCUGCGUCUAUGCGACCGCUUGGGGACGAUAAUAUAGGCAGUAGGUUACUGAAGGGAAUGGGCUGGAGGGAAGGACAGGGUGUUGGACGAAAUGGACAAGGCAUUGUAAACCCUAUUGAACCGACCCGGCGGGUUGAAGGAGCAGGUCUGGGUGCAGCUGGCUCAAGGAUUUUGCAUGGUGCUGAAGCGACGCAUCAGGAACGAGUGCGAGCAACCUUCUACAGCAGAUACAAAGACAUGGAAUGA